CUCUGUCCUACCUUUCUCCAGUACAACAAAGAACAAAGAACACAAGUACCGCCCGUCUAAAGUACGGUACUUCAACCUUCCCUUCCCUUCCCUUCGGCCUCUUCACAUAUACCCUGGAUACCAAAUAUCCUCUUCAGCCUCACUUUCUCCUCAUUCAGCGCAUAAUACACGGGCCGCAUACUGUCACUUUGCCUCUUGUCCUUCUAUCUACAUAUCGUAGCUUUGCAUAUCGACUCUGCUGCUGCUCCUGCUCCUGCCGCUAGCUACUGUCGCCAUUGAUCCUCGUCGAUCUCCCGAAUCCCCGCGCUUGCACAUGAGGCGCGGCGACGUAUUGUCGAUGGGUUGAGCGCCUGACGACAAUACCAACUGGGCCUAUUGUCGCCGCCACGGCCACGGCCUAUCUUCAACACUUGCCGACGCGGGCAAUUGGCGACAAUAGGACUUUACCUGGCCAUUCACACCCACCCUCCUACCACCGACUCAUAUAUAAGGACGCACCUUCCCUGCGCACCUCGUCCUGUUGCGGAGAUCGCGCAGUCUCAAGGACGCCUUCAAUUACACAUGGAUCAAUUGCAAAGCUCAACGCUCCUCCAGCCACCACCGCAGUCGACCACCAGACCAACACCAGCCACGAAGCUGCAUGAGCUCCCCAACACAAACAUGAGCGACGCCAGGACUCCCAACGGCGACUCCAACAUCUCCCCCACGAUGGAAGCUAUCAACGGCGCGAUCGACAGACUCAAGAGCAAGUUCCUACCACCGAUACCGCACCUCCUCUACGUCCCAACCAGCGAUCCAUACCGCGGCUCGCGCCCGUGGGAAACGCACCGCAACUCACCCUUCGAAGCCUACGAAUACGACGACCUGCAGUACAUGACGCUCGUCACCGGCGACAAUCGCGGCGUUGCUCGCCCGCGCGGCGGCUGGGAGGACGAGAUCAACUCGCGCUCGCCGUAUAAUGUGUCGCGUUCGCGCAGCGGCACGGCCACGCCGCAGCAGGGCGAGCGGGGCGGUGCGAAGCCGCGGAGUAGGAUCACGCUCGCUGAUUAUAGGAGCGGGAAGCGCGUGCCGAAACCUUCGUCUGAGUCGCAGCAGCCUGCUGGCGAGUCGAGUAGGGACAAAGAUAAUGUGAAGGUGGCUAUUAAGUCGGAGCCAGCGAAGGCUGCGCAGAAUGGAGCCGUACAUUCCUCAGAUGGUAGGCGCUCUGGUGCUGUCAAGAACGAAGAUGCGCCCAGGCCAAGCGACUCGCGCCUGCCUCAAUCGAAGCCCGCUGCUCCCCAAGCCAAGGAUAAUGAUCGCCAUGCGCCUCCACCAAAGGCAAGGGAGCAACAAAACACAACUCCUAAACCUACAUCAAUGAAGCAAGGAAUGUCACGCCCACUCCCUCAUAAACCGGCAGAGUCGAACCAUGCGCCCAAGAGGCCGCUCGAAAAGCCCGAGCAGUCGCAGCCGGAGAAGCGCCUAAAGGUUGAGCCAAAACAUACGCCGAGUGGAGCUGCGAAGGGACAUCAGAGGAAUACGUCUGAUCCCCUGUCCAGACUCUUUGGGACGGCUCCGAAGUCGAAACCCUCAAAUCCGAAGCAGUCGCAGCCGACGAGCGUUGACAAUACUCAAACAACGAGGGUGGAUGAUAAGAAGGCUCCGGAGCGUGGGCCUGCGUCCGGGAGCAAGGCGAAGGAUACACAAUCUGCCACGAGAGUCCCUGAAAUGCCUAAGCUUUUGUCGCCGCUGCCGGAAUACCUUACGAGUCCGACCCUGGUUAGUUUCAGCUCGGGACAUGGAGUUGAGAAGUCGAGCAAUAAUGGCCGCCAUAGCCCUUCAACUAUGAAGGCGGAAUCUUCAUCAGCAAAGAGAAAGGAACAGAGUAAGAAAACAUCGCCUUUCCGUUUGCCGGAACUGCUCCCGAGGGAACUACCGCCUAAUGUCGAGGAAUUACUGGCCAAGAGCAAACAACCGCCGACCAGGAAACUCGAUACUGUCCAAGCUCGCCAUGAGAAGAGUCGCAACCCUGAUACUCCCGGCGUGGCGAGAAAGGCACCCAAACUUAGUGCGGCAGAGAAGCGACGUGCAUCUAAAGCUUCUGACACUUCUCCUCCUGAGAUCACCUAUGAGCCGUCACGGCAAACCGUCAAGCUGAAGUACAAGAAGAGCAUGACAAAAGACAUACAGCGCAUCCUCAAAAUGAAGCCAAUGCCAAACAGAGCCGUACUUGAAUUGGCUGACGGCAUCGUUCCCGAGAAGCCGGCCGUAUCAAAGGCGAGGGCAGCCGAGAGCAAACGGCCGCGCCCCGUACCCGAUGAGCAACCCGAGCUAUCGAUAAAGCGAGCGAAGGUCCCUGCGAAAAUCGACUCCGAUAAAGCUGCCACUGGUCAAUUACUCCCGCCGUUUAAAUCCCCAGGCCAGCCUCCGACUUCUGGAAAGAAGCUUCCGAGCGCGAGCAAAGUUACACCAAAGAAGGGUGACGCCAUGAAGAGCGUUGCGAUGCGUCGCGUCGACUCUGCGGAUGACAACACCCUCACCCCGAAGACGGGCGCCACCUCUACGCCCGCCAGCAUGGAGAAGCCGAGGCAGAACGGCGGCGACAAAUCCGCAGAGGUGGACCGCUGCCGUGCUGCGAACAUGAAGUACUCCGAGAUGGGAAAGACGCUCAAGCGCAAGCGCGACGUGUACAUCCACUCCAAGGAGAACCAACUGGCGACCCUCGCAGGGGCGGAAUCACUACUGGCAUACCUCGUCGCCUUCGACGCCUUCGACACCCAGUACCGCAAGAUGGGGCGACCCAACACAGGCGACAACUGGCUCUCCCUGUUCCCGCUACUGCAGGCGAACCACGACCACGGGAAGAUGCACCUACAUCUGGACAUUGUGAUCCUUUUGAUCGGCGGGGUAGCGACGAACGCGCUACUGGCCGUGCACAAUCAGCGCUUUGCGAAGGAGACGCCGAGUAAUUCCCCCGACUACUUGAGGUUCCGCGACGCGAUGAGCGAGAAUAUCCGCCGUAGCCGGGAGUUCUGGGCGCAGUACCAUAUGGCGUGCGAGGAGGUUGCGUCGAGGGAGCCGGAGGCUGUGCGCGAGGGAGGGGGGAUGGCAUUUGUGUGUGCGCCGGGUGGGCAGGCGUUACCGGUUAAGACGGUGAAGGUGGAGGCGGCGAGGAUGCUGAGGGAGUAUGUUAAGAAGCAUAAGUUGGAGUGGGAGAUGCAGGUUGACUUUUAGGGAGGGGGUAUGGCAGCUGGGGCGAAACUGUUUUAUGGACGGCGUUGGCGAGAAAAAUGGAGGGGCGAAUUUGGAGGACGGAGGGGGGGUAAAUAAAGAUUGACGGAUGAUGGCGUUUUUUUUAUGGUGGUGAGUUUAUAUUUUAACGAUACCCGAUAUACCCCGGACAGAGGAGGAUUUCGACGGCGAAGAUGAAGGGGUUGAUUGACUUUUGGCGGCGAGUGGACUUGGUAGGUUGUGGUGGUGAUGGGGGACGACGAGGAUGAGAUGAUAAUAUGUGAACUGAGGAGGAUGGGUGGAUUGCAUGUCUAGCACGGUGGAGGUGUAGAGCAUGAAAUACGUACGUAUUUUGAGCCUUGCGUGCUGUAGAGCGACCAUAGAAGCAAAUGGCCAUUGAAUUAAUUACUUCGUCUUCAUGGUCAUGGUGUAGUGUUCCUCAGAGUUGCAUCUCGAGACCGUGCCUGACUGUCCACAUUUGACGACCUAAGAUAGCCAGUAUAGCCGUAUAUUCCACCAUCUACCUAUU